CACGCGCAGCCGGCAUCCCAGACCGGCCCCUGCCACCCUAUUGGUCUGUUAUACUUUACGCCACAUUUUUCCCGCCUCCUCAGUGAGGGGCGCUUUGCCAUGGUAACGCAGUAGCUUGGUUUGUGUGCUUUACCCGGAAGCAACUAUGGAACAGGGGACAGUGGAAGCUGGCGGUGCUCCUGAUGUUUUUCAGAUUUCGUUUGUGUUCCCAAAUGGAGACAGUUAUGAUGGUGAAUGCAGAAGAUCAGAAGCAGGAGCACUGGAGAGGAGUGGAAUGGGAGUAAACAGGAGUCCAAAUGGUGUGACGUAUACUGGUUCUUGGAAAAAUGACAUGAUGCAUGGGCUUGGAAAGCUGGAACAUCCUUCAGGAGCAAUAUAUGAAGGGGAAUUCAUUGACAACAAGUUUCAUGGGAAAGGUACUUACACAUUUCCCAAUGGAGCUCGCUAUACUGGAGAUUUUACAGAGAAUAAGAUGAUAGGAGAAGGUGAAUAUUUGGAUGCCGAUGGGCUGCAGUGGAAAGGAUCCUUUCAUUAUAAAGCUGCACCUGGACUGAAGUUGAGAUUGAAAAUGUAAAUGAUACCAUAUUUACAGUAAAUGAAGUGUCCUCACACCUACUGUG